UUUAAAGGCAUCAUAUGUAAAUAAUAAAUAAUCCGUUUUGCUCUCUUUAAGUGUUAUCUUCUUCUUUCCUCUCCAAACUCUCUCCCCUUAAUUCAAUUUCAUCAUGAAUUCCAAACCCUAACAUUGAUUUCUCUCACUUUUUUUUUUUAUUUUACAAAAAUCAGCCAUUUCGAACGAACCGCAACAUUCCAUGGACGCGCGACGUGUAUCACGUGCCGUUCCUAGGGUCCGCCAAGUCGGCUUCUUCACCCCCAACGAGCUGCCGCAGCAGCCUGGACCUACUCGGUCUCAAUCAGGUCCUCCAAACUCCUUUUCGCCACCGCUCUCCGGUUCUCCCGCCAGCAACUUCCUCUCUCCGGUCAUGAUCCCGCCUCCCCGUCACCUCUCUGACAACCUUGGUGGGCGCACUGCAGCAGUUCCGGUUCCCGGACGGGAAAACGCUGGAGAACAUGCGACUGUCGGAAGUUACAACCCCUCAGAGUCGGUGUUGGGGUUGGCGUCGCCACCUUCCAGUCGGAUUGGCGACGGAGAGUUGUCUGAGGGUACAGAAUCAUCGUUGGGAUGGUAUCGGAGGAGUAAUUCGGCGAAAUAUGCGUCGAGUUUUCCCGGAGGCGGUUUUGAUUUGUCUCCAGUGAAGCAACCAGAAAGUGUCGCUGGAGUGGAAGCUAAGAAUCCAUUGCCUGAAAAAAGUGAAGUGCAAAAGGAAGAAGCAUCAAAUUCAAAGCCCUUAAAAGCGAAAACAACGAAGGCUGAGAGAUGUGCCCUGCAGGAGUCUCAAAGGGCUACAAAAGCUGCUUCUAAAGUUGAAGCAAAUAAAUCUGGCACAUCUGGAGGAGCAGCUACUUCUAAACCUGUGAAGCAGCCACCACAAAAGAAAGAUGGUCCUCCAGUUGCAUCUUCAAUUGCAGCUUCUGAAAGAAUAGGAGUUGAUCGUCUAGCAGAGAAAGAGAGGAAGAAAGAUGUUCCUCCUCCACGUAUGCAAUUUGAUGAUGAGAGUCGUGUGGGGAAGGCUAAAAGGCGAUCUGUGUUGAAUCAACCUGAAGCUAGGAAUAGAGUCGAACUGUUUCGCCAUCUGCCUCCACACAAAAAUGGAACUCAACUUCCUUAUUUGGAGUCUAAAUUUUUUGAACUUCAUGAGAAGCAUCCUGCUGUUUACAAGGUUGGAUUGCAGUAUUUGACUGGAGAUUUAUCAGGAGGUAAUGCUCGUUGUAUUGCAAUGCUGCAGGCAUUUCAGGAAGCAAUCAAAGACUAUUCCACGCCACCAGAAAAAACCCUUAUCAGAGAUUUAACUUCCAAAAUUAGUGGUUUUGUUUCUUUUCUGAUUGAAUGCCGCCCUCUUUCUAUGAGCAUGGGAAAUGCCAUAAGGUUUCUGAAGAGUCGUAUUGCCAAGUUACCACCAUCUAUCUCGGAAUCAGAAGCAAAAGCAGCCCUUUGUUCUGACAUUGAUCGUUUCAUAAAUGAGAAGAUAGUGCUUGCUGAUAAGGUAAUAGUUAGACAUGCUGCUACAAAGAUUAGAGAUGGCGAUGUUCUUCUGACAUAUGGAUCACCAUGUGUUGUUGAAAUGAUUCUUUUAUAUGCCCAUGAGCUUGGGAAACAGUUCCGUGUAGUGGUAAUAGACUCACGUCCCAUGCUUGAAGGCCAAAAGCUACUUCGUAUGCUGGUGUCAAAGGGCCUGAGUUGCACGUAUACUCAAAUAAAUGCUAUUUCUUAUAUCAUGCAUGAAGUCACUCGAGUUUUCCUCGGUGCUUCCUCAAUAUUGUCUAAUGGGACUGUAUAUUCGAGGGUUGGGACUGCAUCAGUUGCUAUGGUUGCUUAUGCAUUCCACGUUCCAGUUUUGAUCUGUUGUGAAGCAUAUAAAUUUCAUGAGAGAGUGCAGCUUGAUUCAAUCUGCUUUAAUGAACUAGGUGACCCAGAUGCCAUAGCAGAGGUCCCAGGAAGAGUGUAUGUGAAUUAUUUGGAUAAUUUGACUGAUAAACAGAAGGAAAACCUUGAACUUCUUAAUUUAAAAUAUGAUGCUACUCCGUCAUAUUAUAUCUCUAUGAUUGUCACCGAUUAUGGCACGAUCCCUCCUACAAGUGUGCCUGUUAUAGUGCGUGAGUAUCGAAAGGAGUACUUGUUGAUAUAGAGUUGCCACAUUUUUGCACAUAGAUUCAUGAAGCAAUCCUCCUUUGGGAAAAUGGGUACAUGUUUGAGGAUAUUUUGAUCACUUAGUUUAGCACCUUUGUUAUCCAUUCUUUACUUCCAAAUCAUAAUUUAAUGCCAUGUCAAAUUAACUAUGUUCUAAAAAGAGUAAGUAGAACGAGUUUAUGGCCUAUAAUGGUAGUUUUGGCGUUUCUUUUGUAUAUGCAUGUUUGAUUUCUUUCUCGAUUCGGACCAGGAGUUGAGAAUCACCUUCUAGUUUCCGUUAGUUAAAUGUCGUGAAAAGGAAAAAGCUCAGACUCUUUUAAGUUUUCCAGGCUCGGAAAAUGUUAUCUCGGACCAGAUGGGAUAAUCAUUGCCAAUUGCUAGUGCUGGAUGUUAAUAUGGGAAAUUAGGAAAAUUAGGAAUUGUGUGUUUUUCAGAGAGCAAUGUUAAUUUGUCAUACACAUUUUCAUGCUAGACGUAGAUGCAAACAUCAUUUUUAAGGGUGAUUAUUUGUUAUAUUUAUUCGGAUGGAAUGUCGGAUAAACAAUGGCUUGCUUCGAGAGCUUCCCUCUUCAAGAAGUUUAGCCUGUGGAUAUAUUUUUUUAAAUUUGCAGUAUCCUGUGGAUAUUUUUUCUUU